AUGGAUCGGCCGCCAAAUACCACCACGAGCGAUGGAGUGCUAGACCUAACCAAACGAGUUCUCAACAAGGACGAAAUUCCUGAAUGCAAGUGCAAUCGUGGUGAAGAUUGGACUGAAGUUUGUGGUAUUUGUUGUGAAAAUCGCUCGGAGUUUAAAGGAUCCACCAACUACUACGGAAUGAGUCUCACGAAGGGCGAAGUUAUCGACGCCCGUGCUUGCGGUGGCAUCGCGAGAUUCGCGAACCACAGCUGCAACCCUAAUUGUGUGGUCGAGCGCUGGGAGAGGGGGAAAUGCAGCUACGAAGAGAAUCUGGUUGUCGAGGAUUGA